CAGAAGUAUGCAGUGGUUUAAAUUCUUUGCUGUUUGCCAUCAGCAUAACUAGCAGCCAAUGUGUAAGGCUCGCAUAGCUCAUGUUUAGUUCAGCUGUAGCUUACUGAACGUCAGGCAGCCUGCCGUUUAAAGUGACAGAAGUGAAAAGGCCUGACUGCAACACUAACAUCAGUAUCCCAUAAGUAAAAUGAUGCUUUGCCAUUGCACAUAUAUGAAAUUAUGACGUCGUGCCGCCAUGUUAAAUAUGGCAUUGAAAAAUUUAUUGAACCUCUUAAAUUUUAAGGGAUGUCAUUUGAACAUUCGGGUUAAUGGGCAAUUUCAUCAAUAUGUACAUAUCAAUAGACCGAUAUACCAGCUGACAGCUGUUUUGACAGCAAGGCCGGGGAAUUGUUUGAUGUUUAGCACUUCAGCUUCUAUUCAGAACAAACCUUUCCCAGUGCUGCAAAAUGUUGAUAUCAAUGCCAGUGUUAUGCCAAAGUUCAGCGCCAGCCAAACACAAAUGGAGGAUGCUGUUACAAAUUACCAAAAACUCCUCAGCCUAGCUGUGCAAGGUGGAGGGGAGAAGGCAAUAAAGCGACAGAGAAUGCAGAGAAAGCUUCUGGCAGAAGAGCGCUUAUCUCUGCUGCUAGAUGAUGAAUCAGACUUUCUGGAGUUGUCCCCCUUAGCUGGAAUGGGGAUGGACUAUGGGAAUGUUCCAAGAGCUGGUCUAAUAACAGGUAUAGGCCUUGUGAAUGGUGUUUACUGUAUGCUACUGAUAAAUGAUGCCACUGUGAAGGGAGGGACAGUGUAUCCCAUCACCCUGAAGAAGCAGCUUAGGGCACAGGAGAUAGCAGAACAGAAUCAUUUACCAUGUGUGUAUGUCAUCGAUUCAGGUGGAGGUUAUCUUCCACUGCAGGCUGAAAUUUUCCCUGAUAAAAAUCAUGGCGGUCGAGUGUUCUACAACGAAGCUAUUUUAUCUGCUAAAGGAAUUCCACAGAUAGCUGUGGUGUGUGGGAGUUGUACUGCGGGCGGGGCCUACAUCCCCGUCAUGGCCAAUGAGGCCAUUAUCAUCAACAAGAUUGGGCGGAUUUUCCUGGGAGGUCCGCCGCUUGUGAAAGCAGCAACGGGAGAGGUGAUCACAGCAGAUGACCUGGGAGGAGCUGUCUUACAUUCCACGGUGAGCGGGUGCACCGAUCAUUAUGCAGACACUGAAGAGGAAGCUUUUGCCAUUUGCAAGGAUGGGGUGGCUUCCUUCAAUAUUUCAUCCAACCCCACACCAGAGGAAUGGGAUGCUCCACAGUGGGAUUCACAGGAGCUUAUAGGUCUGGCUCCCACAAACAUAGAUGACUACAAUGUUUACAGGAUACUGGCAAGAGUCAUUGAUGGAAGUCGAUUUCAUGAAUUCAAAGCUUUAUAUGGGACGUCUGUAGUCACAGGAUUCUGCAGAAUUGAAGGAUAUCUGGUGGGUGUGGUGGCUAACAAGGGGGAGAUAACUGGAGAUGGAGCUCUCAAGGGAGCUCACUUUAUUACUCUAUGUUCAGACAGAUCCAUACCAUUGGUGUUCUUACAGAACUCAUUCCAUCAUUCAGACAGCAAGGAACCCCUCUCAGGAGAGCAACUGGGAGAGACAGUGAAAAAUCAUGGAAAGAUGUUGUCAGCUUUGACAUUGGCAUCCGUCCCAAAGCUGACAGUUGUGGUGGGAGGAAGUUAUGGGAUGAACAACUACCUCAUGGCUGGUCGGUCGAUGAGCCCAAACUUUUUAUUUGUCUGGCCUUCAGCAAAGAUUGGAGCCAUGGAGUUACAAAGCAUGGUCACUCAUAUGUCAGAGGCUGGCCCUUCUUCUGCCCAAAGUCAUGAGAAAGAGGUGAAGGACAAACUCAGCAGAGAGAUGUCUGCUGUGUUUUGUUCCUCCAGGCUCUGGGAUGAUGGAAUCAUAGUACCUCAGGAUACUAGACAGGUUCUGGGUCGCUGUCUAAGGAUUGUGUCACAGACAAGUCGAGGUCGCGAUGUGAAGGUCAUGUCCCAAGGAGGUCAGACUGAGAGGGGAACGUCUCGCGUCAUUCGGAUGUGAGCUCUACAGAUGAAAUAUUCAGGAGUCUGUAGGAUGCCUCAGGAAAAUAUUCCAAAGCAAGAGCAUAGCAAAAUUGAAUGAAAAUGAACAUUUUAUUCUCAUUUUCAUGCAAGUGAGUGAGGGAUAUUUUUACAUUUCAUUUUUGUUUCAUGAUGGACAUGCAAUGUAUUUGAUGCAUGGUUUUAUAAAAUUGUAAGAUUCAGUUGUGAAAAAUAUUACUUCCUGUUUGAUUUUUGUUCAGAUUAGUUAACAUAUUUGUCUUGUC